AUGGGAUCAUUAGCGCCCUUACCUGACAUCUACCUCCUGGAGAAGUUUCCGCCAGAGGUAGUCAGCUACUGCCAAUCUCUUUUCCGAACAGUUCUUUGGACCGAUCCGGAAGUGCUCAACUGGCGAGAGAAUGCGUCAGCGAUCCUGGUGCGCGAAAAGCUUGUCUCCGCACAAGACAUCGAAAAGGCGCAAAAGCUUCGUGCGAUCGGCAAGAAUGGCGUCGGUAUCGAUAUCAUCAAUCAACCAGCCUGCGCCAGCCGCGGGAUUCCAAUCCUCAACACACCGGGAGCGAAUUCACAGUCCGUUGCGGAACUCGUCCUGGCGCUGACGAUGGCUGUUGCGCGGCAAUUGCGGACUAUCUCGGUCAAGCAGGUGACAGAGAAGGUUGCCCUGAAAGAGGCAUGCUCAGGUGUUGGACUUGCAGGCAAGACCAUUGGGAUCGUUGGAAUGGGAAACGUCGGAGUUUCUGUUGCUCGGAUCUUUCAAGGCGGUUUCAAUGCGCCGAUCUAUGCUUACGACCCGUUCGCGCCGGCUGGAGCGUGGGGCGAUAUACCGCACACUCGAGUCGAGACCAUCGAAGCCAUGCUCCCGCACGUGGACAUGUUGACCCUCCACGUCCCCCUAACCCCCGAAACUCACAACAUGAUUGCCCUGCCGCAGUUCCAACUCAUGAAGAAAAAUGCCAUCUUGAUCAAUGCGGCACGUGGAGGCAUCGUCAAUGAAGUGGAUCUCAUGAAGGCGUUGACCGAGGGUCUUAUAUGGGGUGCAGGGCUGGACUGUCACGAUGAAGAGCCCCCGACGCUUGAAAAAUACGGUAAACUGUGGGAUACUGGACGGGUGAUUUCGACUCCACACAUUGGGAGUGCCACGGCGGAAACCCAGAUAUACACGGGCAAGCUGGCGCUGAACAGGGUACAUGAGUAUCUCACUCGAGAUGAGAGCGUGAAGAAAGAUUGA